ACUUGUGUCCAAAAUCAGUUGAUAUUCAUCGCCCUCACUUAUUCCUCCAAUCUCCAAUUUUCGUCUCGUACGUACGAAUAUCUUUCAACACAAUGCCUUUAUCGGUAACAUCUAUAUCUUCCUCUGCCGACCGCCGGCGUCUUUCCCAAUCUCUCAACAGGGUAGCAGCUCUGGGCCACCUAGCUGGAAUGAACGCCGCCAACAUACCUCCCUUCCGCGCUGAUUCGCCCAUGACGGUGAUGGCUGGCGAGCUACGUACACUUUAUGGAACGCCCAGCUUCGAGAGUAUGAACACAUGCGAUGCGGUGGUAACGCAGAUCGCGGAUCCGCGCACACCACACGCACCGCCACCGGGUGAGCCCGAGACCGGGCGGCGCUCGCGGCGCGACUCGCUGGCGCUGAGCGACUCGGGCCGAUCGACACGAAGUACAGGAUCCAAGACCAGCCGCUCGAGAGCACGCAACCAUGCGCUCUCUCAGCAGCGCGGUCAAGCGGGGGGUUCGGUCAGUGGCGAGAAGGCAUUCCGCCCACCGUUGUCACACCCGGGGAUACUGAUGCCACCUCAUAUGCGGGCAAAGAGCGAGGCAGCUAUCCCCAGCGGGAGCACGGCGCAGAAGCGUCUGUCCAUGGCCCUGAGAGGCAAUAGCCGCAAGUUCCCUGGAAAGCCGGAUUCGAUAAGGGCGACUUACAGAGGGUCGCGCCUUGUCAUGACGCAGAAUGAAAUACUGCGGCCCAUGCCUCCUAUGCCCAAAGAGCCCGAAUCGGGUCUCGACAGUUGCAGGUUUUCCACGGCGACUAUCACCUCGGAAACCUAUACGGAUAGGCACAAGAUGGCUACGAGCCGAGAUAUCAGGCGAGAGAGGAGCGAGAGUAUUACUGCCAAGGCGGUUGGUUGUAUCGAGGACGGCGACUUGCGCAGCGUCUGCUCUGCCAAAUUUGCCGCGGCUUUCUCGCAUAUUCCGCGAGACCUUGGCGUUACUCCCGACAACAUGCACCAUGUGAAGGCUCAUGGAAUCGACUUUGAGAUGAUAGAUCCUGCCAGUGUGCGGGAGUCGGAGCCGGAACGCAGCUUCCGUCCGUUAUCAGUUGCAAUUCCCCCCUCUCAGCAGUCUCGAAGCUCUUUUACGGUCAAUUCCAUGGCUAGGAGUCCAACACCGCUGUCGGCUGCUUCCCCAAGCACUGUAAGUGUAUCGCCUACCGAGUCUUUUGGCUCAUCGCUACGCAGGGAGGAGGGGACUAGGCUGUCUACGCGGAGCUCUGCAACGAGUGUUUCCCGCUCAAGGUCUCCCAGUCCGGCACGUGGAUCGCUCAAUCCAUCGCCUGGGGGGAAAUCGAUGCUCGCGCGGCUGGAGAGGCUGUCCAAUGAUUUCCACCGUGGGAAAUACCACUUCAAGCAGGCUGCUGGCCUAUCAGAUUUUAAAGUCAUCAGUUCCGAUCCUGUUCCUCAGCAGGACAUAGUAUUUUCGAGCAGAAACGCAGAGCCGAAUGUGCCUACGUCACCGGUGAAAACCGCAUGUGAGACCACAUCAUUCGGCCAAAGGAUCGCUGCUGGUGGUGGGCCUCAAAGAGGUGUCAGGAGAGUCUCUGCGUACAUUCCGUCUGCAGAGCCCAAAGCCCCAACAGCUUCCCAGCCCGUGCGCAGUAGUGUGACGCUCAGGGAGCAGGAAUCCAAUGAGCUGUUUGUGAGAAACUUGACGCAGAAGCGCCAGAGCUUUCUCGGUGACGUUAGCCGGCCUGUUCGUAGAAAUGUACCGCCGCCUUUACACAGAACGGACAGCGGCCUUGCCAAUCUAGACUUCGGUUUUGACGACCAGGUAAUCAUUCCUCCCAAGAGAGCCGAGACGCCACCCUCAUUCGAAAAUCGCGUGCAGCGGAGCGAUUCCCUCUUCAUGGAAAAUUCGUCUGCCAGAAGUUCACAGACUCGGGAGACGUUCCUUGAGUGGCCACAGUGGCAGCAACCGACGGGUCAGAUGGCUUACAUGAGUGGUAUAGCUACCCAGUCAUACGAGAUAUUAGACAUCUUGCCUAAGACAACGUAUGUUGUCCAGAGUGCGCCUACCGCCAGGAACGACCGGCAACUGCUACCGAGUCAACAGGCGCAGUCCUCUGCUCCAGUCUCUGCUCUACAGCGCAGAUCUAUUACCAAUUAUGCCGCUGGGGCGAAUAUGCCCAAAGCGCCGCAACCAGCUGUGCAAAACGGUUCCUCCGGUUCUGGUAGAUUGCUGAGGAAAACGAUGAAUAUUGACUUCUCCAAGAUGAGAGAUGCCAACUAAUUUGUGGCAGAAAGAGUGAGAUCAGCCCACCAAGAGCGUGGCUUUUAAGGUAAACACACUAACCUAGCUUACUUGACAAAGUUCGUCGUAAAGGUACAUAUGCAGACAGAAAAAAAGACCCAAUAGGUAUAUGCUUGAAUAGUAGACUGGCGGCCUUGAUCGUUGCUAUUGAUACAUCAUAUAAUUA